AUUUUAGUCAGGUGUAGUCAGUGUUCGAGUUCGGUUGAAGGCAUCGUUUUUGUUUGCUACAUCGGUUUUUUAUAUUCAAAAGAAAGUACUGUUUUUGCAAGGAUAUUCAUCAUCGUUGGGUUGGCUUUUCUUUUUCUUUCCUUUUUUCUAAUAAAUUGAUAAAAGUGAAUUAUUUAUAUACAUAUAUCAAACACUUAAAAGUGAUCCUUUUGAAAGUUGAUACAACCCCAUAAGGAUUUAGAAGAAAUUUUGAAAAAUUCCUUUGCAUAUAUAAAAGUGUACACUUAGACUGUUCAGUAUGUAACCAUCAGGAUCAAAAAAGGAAGAAAGAAAAAAAAAAAAAAAAAAAAAAACAUAAAAAGAAAACUUGAUAAAAAAGAAGAAAAAAGAAAAAAAAAAUCAUACCUACACUCGACAAGGAAAGCUCUCCUAGAUUUUGUAUGUUUAUGUUGUUUUUGUAAAUGAAAUUUUCAUCUGGUAUACAAAUAUUCACCACACCCUGAUCUGCUUUUGCUGCUGCUGCUGCUGCUGUUGUUUCUUCUUCUUGUUCUGCCUUUGCCUGCUGUUACCUACUUUUUAUUAUAGAGCUCCAUAUCCUUGUCGUAUGAAAAUUCGGGUGCAAAUACUGUCUUCCCUUGGUGACAUCCGUUUCACUACGCAACAUCCUGUCGGUCGGUAAUAAUCACUAUAGCUCUUAAUUUUCAAUCGAAUUAUAAAAUUUAUAUAUGAAAAAAUAUAAAUAAAAAAUAUUUUCAAAUCUAACUUAGAAAAUAGUAGAAUUUUUUUAUAACUUCGUAUGUAUCUAUACCUACAACAAAAAAAAUUAUUAAAUAUAUAUAUAAAAGUGAAAUCCUUUUUCUCAUGUCUAAAUGCUGGAUGUGAUAAAUCUUAACCGGUGAUGUGGAACUUAAUAAUCGCAAAUAAAAAAGUUCACACAGUAACAUCAGUAAAAUAGUUAAAAAAAAAAAUACAAGUGAAAAUUUCUAGUUUGUAUCUGUAAUCAGUGAAAAUUUGAAAAAAAAAAUCAAAUUCAAAUCCAAAGAGCAUGAGAAGAAAACAUGUUCAUCGAAUAUAAUAGGAGCGAGUGAUUAGAUGAAAAGUGGUCUGGCAAAUUAAUUUUUGUUUUUUCUACCUUUGAACCAAAAAAAGUCCCAAAUAUUGUUAAAUUUAAAAAUCAGUGAUAAAAAAAAUCCUCUAAAGAAUAUUAUAUCCAAAAAAAUUAAGAAAAAAACUCAAAAAGGAAGUGCCACUAUUUCCACCCAAAUCAGCAACAAUUUAUUUUUUUAAAAAAUACAACAAUGCUUUAACAGAAGAAAAAAAUCCAACAACAACAAAAUUAAAAACUCCAGGGAGGAGCUGGGAAAACUUAAUUCUGCCACAACAACAAAAAAGAAUUUGUACAAAAAAUAAAAAAAACUUUAUCAGAAAAUCCACAUCUCGUCGUGUUCUAUAUUUGAUCCAGAUAACUAGAAGCCAGAUACUCACUAAAACACACUUACCUAUCUUGCCGCUGAGAGAGCCGUGAGAUUGACAAGUUUAAAAAUAACUACUUUUUGUAAAAAGCAGAGGAGUACCCUACUCUAUCAUCAUCAUCAUCAGCAUCAUCGAAAAGGAGUCCUGAAGCAUCUGUGUAUCUAAUAAAAUAAAGAAAAACGAAGGAAGACUUACGACAAGAAGACGACGGAAAACGCGCGGCAAAAUAUUCGCCAAGCGUUAAAAACUUUUUCUACCCACAAAACAAUAAAAUGGGCACUGGUCAUUGCUUCUGGGCUGUAUUUUACUUUGCCUGUCUUUGUAGUGCGUCCUUAGCAAAUAAUGCAAAAAUAAAUUUCCGAGAAAAAGAGAAAAAAGUUUUGGAUCAAAUUUUAGGUGCUGGAAAAUAUGAUGCCCGUAUCCGACCAUCCGGAAUUAAUGGAACAGAAAAUUUGCCAACCUAUGUCACAGUCAACAUGUUCCUACGGUCAAUUUCUAAAAUCGACGAUUACAAAAUGGAAUACAGCGUGCAGUUAACAUUUCGAGAACAAUGGACUGAUGAACGUCUAAAAUUCGAUGACAUCCAAGGUCGCCUAAAAUAUUUGACACUGACUGAAGCAAAUCGAGUCUGGAUGCCCGAUCUUUUCUUCUCCAAUGAAAAAGAAGGACAUUUCCACAACAUAAUCAUGCCAAAUGUUUAUAUCCGUAUUUUUCCAAAUGGUUCCGUAUUAUACAGUAUACGAAUAUCACUCACACUAGCAUGUCCAAUGAAUCUAAAACUCUAUCCUUUGGAUAGACAAGUAUGUUCCCUACGAAUGGCUAGUUACGGUUGGACUACAAAUGAUUUAGUCUUCCUUUGGAAGGAAGGCGAUCCUGUACAGGUGGUGAAAAACUUACACCUACCACGCUUUACCUUGGAAAAAUUCUUGACUGAUUAUUGUAACAGCAAAACAAAUACGGGCGAAUACAGUUGUCUGAAAGUCGAUUUACUAUUCAAGCGAGAGUUCUCAUAUUACCUUAUCCAAAUCUACAUUCCCUGCUGUAUGUUGGUCAUUGUCUCUUGGGUGUCAUUCUGGUUAGAUCAAGGAGCUGUACCCGCUCGUGUGUCACUGGGUGUAACAACUCUUCUAACAAUGGCGACACAAACAUCCGGCAUAAAUGCAUCGUUACCCCCAGUGUCAUACACUAAAGCGAUUGACGUUUGGACUGGCGUCUGUUUGACAUUUGUAUUUGGUGCAUUGCUAGAAUUUGCACUUGUAAAUUAUGCAUCACGUUCAGGUUUGAAUAAAUGCUCAGACAUGCAUAAGGAGAAUAUGAAAAAGAAACGCCGGGAUUUGGAGCAAGCUAGCUUAGAUGCUGCUUCAGAUCUCCUCGACACAGACAGUAAUGCAACAUUCGCAAUGAAGCCCCUGGUACGUCAUCCAGGUGAUCCAUUAGCGUUAGAAAAACUUCGGCAAUGUGAAGUCCAUAUGCAGCCACCAAAACGUCCAAACUGCUGUAAGACAUGGCUAUCGAAGUUCCCAACCAGACAAUGUUCUAGAUCGAAGAGGAUUGACGUUAUAUCAAGAAUAACGUUCCCGCUGGUAUUUGCCCUAUUCAAUCUGGUCUACUGGAGUACAUAUCUCUUCAGGGAAGAGGAGGAUGAGACAUUUUAAGGAAGACGUUUUAUUCGUAUACCUAUACACUCGCACAAUAUCUAUGUGUGUGUAAGUGUCUGUCUCUCUGUGUCUCUCUGUAAUGGCUAUGUAGAAUCCCAUAAAAAAAAAAAAAAAAUAAAAUAAAAA